UGUACAAGAUAUCACUUGAUCAUUAAGAAGAGGGAAAUUGCUAGUAUUCAUUCUUGUUCUUGUUAACGAAGAUGGUUGACAAUCUAAAAAAUUUGUCAACAGCCCUUGUGGUUCCUCUCCCCUCUAUAAUAUUCUAUCUCUAUGUUCUUGAUAAUUAUCAAACCAGUCAUUAUAUCACUAGUAUCUUGAAUUCCCCUCUCUUGUUGCCUAACAUACUAUUCUUCCUCAACGUUAAUCUCCUUUUCUGGCUCAUUGCUCUUGUUCAAUCCAGCCAUUGGAUGAUAGACUUGUAUUGGACUGUGAUACCAGUGUUUUUACUACAUUACUAUGCAACUCAUCCGCUGGCUCAGUUUGACAGUUUGAGAUCAUGGGCUGUCAUUGUGUUGACAUGGGUUUGGAGUUUGAGGCUCACACACAGCUAUUUACGACGAGAGAAGUGGCAAUUGGGUGCUAGAGAAGACUGGAGAUUUUCCGAUAUGCGUCGACAAUAUGGUCAUAGCUGGUGGUGGAUUUCAUUCUUUUCUGUCUAUGUUACCCAGCAGGUUUUCCUGAUCGGAAUCUGCCUUCCACUCUAUGUAGUCCACUCAGUCAACCGUCCAUUCAAUAUCUGGGAUGUUCUUGCCAUUUUUGUCUGCUUGUUAGGUGUUGCUAUUGCCUACAUUGCUGACACACAACUUUAUAACUUUGUGACUGCAAAUAACAAACUAAAAGAGCUUGGCAAGCCUACCGUGCCCAAUCUUGACAAGGGUCUUUGGCGUUACUCGCGUCACCCCAACUAUUUUGGAGAGCAGUUAUGGUGGUGGGGACUCGGCAUCUUUGCAUGGAACCUAGGCCAGAGCUGGACCUUUAUUGGGGCACUUGUCAAUAGUAUGUGCUUGGCUUAUGUUACCGUCUUGGUUGAGAAAAGAAUGCUAAAACAAGAGUUUAGGGCUGAAGCUUACAGGCAGUACCAGAAGACUACUUCAGUGUGGAUACCUUGGUUUAAGUCAUAUCCACAAGAGAAGAAAAAUGCUUAGUUCGAGUGUUAUUUGCUUUCGGGAUGAUAGAAUCACUGCGUAAUUCAUCUACUGUGUCUUUGUUACUGAGAAUGAUUUUGUUCAGUGUUUUCAAAUUGGACAUGUAUAUUAUGUGUGAAUGAUUGUUAUUGUAAACUUGUAACAAGCUACUUUUUUCCUAUUGGAUUUUUUAUUUGAA